CUGCGGCUGGGGUCACAUUAUUGCCGCCAAAAGAAAAAAACAUUUUACUCUCGACACAAUUUAAACAUUUUAAGCAGCGUAAACUAAUAGUUUAUUGCAAUCGGGGGCCUAAUUUGGGGUUCAGUUAACCGUGCAAACGUGCCGCGCGUUCGAAAUGAGCAGUGAUAAAGUGAAAAACGGCAACGAGGCCGAGGAGUCGGAGGAAUCAUGUGGCGAUGAGUCGGCCAGUUAUACGACGAACAGCACCACCUCGCGAAGCAAGUCGCCCUUGUCCAGCACGAGGAGCAAGCGCCGCGGACGCCGGAGCACCAAAUCGAAGCCAAAGAGCCGCGCGGCCUACAAAUACGACACCCACGUGAAGGAGAACCACGGAGCCAACAUCUUCGGCGUGGCCUUCAACACGCUGCUCGGCAAGGAGGAGCCGCAGGUCUUUGCCACCGCCGGCAGCAACCGGGUGACCGUCUACGAGUGCCCUCGGCAGGGCGGGAUGCAGCUGCUCCAUUGCUACGCAGAUCCGGAUCCCGAUGAGGUAUUCUACACCUGCGCCUGGUCGUACGACCUAAAGAGCUCUGCCCCACUUUUGGCUGCGGCCGGAUACCGCGGAGUCAUCAGAGUCAUCGACGUCGAGCAAAACGAGGCAGUGGGCAACUACAUUGGCCACGGGCAGGCCAUCAACGAGCUGAAGUUCCAUCCGCACAAGCUGCAGCUUUUGCUGUCGGGCAGCAAGGAUCAUGCGAUUAGGCUGUGGAACAUCCAGAGUCACGUGUGCAUUGCCAUCCUGGGCGGAGUGGAGGGACAUCGCGAUGAGGUGCUGUCCAUAGACUUUAAUAUGCGCGGCGAUCGCAUCGUUUCCAGCGGCAUGGAUCACUCGCUGAAACUGUGGUGUCUGAAUACGCCCGAAUUUCAUCACAAGAUCGAACUAUCGAAUAGUUUUAGCCAGGAGAAAUCGACACUGCCCUUUCCCACGGUGACCAAGCACUUUCCCGACUUUUCAACGAGGGACAUACACAGGAAUUACGUUGACUGUGUGCAGUGGUUCGGCAACUUUGUGCUCUCCAAGUCCUGCGAGAAUGCCAUUGUGUGCUGGAAACCGGGACAACUGCAUCAGAGCUUCGAGCAGGUGAAGCCCAGCGACUCCUCCUGCACGAUCAUUGCGGAGUUCGAGUACGAUGAGUGCGAAAUUUGGUUCGUGCGGUUUGGGUUUAAUCCCUGGCAGAAGGUGAUUGCCCUGGGCAACCAGCAGGGCAAGGUUUAUGUAUGGGAGCUGGAUCCCAGCGAUCCCGAGGGCGCCCACAUGACCACCCUGCACAAUCCGCGCAGCGUGGCCACCGUGCGACAAAUCGCCUUCUCGCGCGAUGCCAGCGUUCUGGUUUACGUGUGCGAUGACGCCACCGUGUGGCGCUGGAAUCGCAGACAGGCGGCUGCCAUCUGAUGGCGGAUCAACGCGAAACCACACACCAAAUCUCACGUGGCCAAAACUUACAACAUUUCCCUCACUUAGUUCCUAGUUGGAUAUCUCUAAGGUA